UGGUACUAUAUAAAUAUGUCUUAGUACUUACUAUUUAACAAAAUUCAUUGUUCACCAUAUAUACAAUUACAAAUAACAUCAUCAUCCCUUAAUCCUUUCAAAAUAUCAUUCCAACAAUAGCAUGAAAUCCGAAGAUCCAAAGCUCCACUUUGUGUUGUUUCCAAUGAUGGCACAAGGUCACAUGAAUCCCAUGAUGGACAUUGCAAAAAUAUUGUCACAACAUAACAAUGUUAAUGUUACAAUAGUAACCACUCCACAAAAUGCAUCACGUUUCUCAUCAAUUCUAGCACGUUAUCUUAACAUUCAAGUAAUCCAACUCCAAUUUCCAUGUAAAGAAUUUGGAUUACCAGAAGGGUGUGAGAAUCUUGACAUGUUACCUUCACUUGGCAUAGCCUCAAACUUCUUCAAUGCAACAAAAUUUCUACAACAAGAAGUUGACAAGCUAUUUGAAGAGUUAACACCAUCACCAACAUGCAUAAUUUCAGAUAUGUGUUUGCCAUAUACAAUCCAUAUAGCUAGAAAAUUCAAUAUUCCAAGAAUUUCUUUUGUUGGAUCAAGUUGCUUUUAUCUCUUGAUUGUGCAUAAUUUAUAUGUCGCGAAUAUGAAUGAAAUUAUGGCUAAUAAAGAAUCUGAGUACUUUGUUUUACCUGGUAUACCUGACAAAAUCGAAAUGACCAUAGCUCAAGCAGGAAUAGGAUAUAAGGGUGAAGCUUGGAAGCAAUUUAAUGAUGAUGUGAUUGAAGCUGAAAUGGGUACUUAUGGGAUAAUCAUGAAUUCUUUUGAAGAAUUGGAACCAACAUAUGCAAGGGAAUAUAACAAGGUAAAAAAUGAUAAGGUUUGGUGUAUUGGUCCUGUUUCACUCAGUAACACUGAUUAUUUGGAUAAGUUUCAAAGAGGUAAUGACAAUAAGGAUUCAAUUGAUGAAUGGAAGCACAUGAAGUGGCUUGAUUCUCAGAAACAAGGGAGUGUUAUCUAUGCAAGCCUUGGAAGUUUAUGUAAUAUAACAUCAACACAAAUGAUAGAGCUUGGUUUAGCAUUAGAAGCUACAAAAAGACCUUUUAUUUGGGUUAUAGGAGAUGGAAAUCAAUUAGAAGAGUUGAAAAAAUGGAUUUAUGAAAGUGGAUUUGAGGGGAGAAUCAAUGGUAGAGGCCUAGUAAUUAAGGGUUGGGCACCUCAGUUAUUGAUAUUGUCACAUUCUGCAACUGGAGGAUUCUUGACACAUUGUGGAUGGAAUUCUACUAUUGAAGCAAUAUGUGCCGGUGUUCCAAUGGUUACAUGGCCACUUUUUGCCGAUCAAUUUUUGAACGAAAGUUUUGUUGUGCAAAUAUUAAAAGUUGGUGUGAAAAUUGGGGUGGAGAGUCCUAUGAAAUGGGGUGAGGAAGAACAAAGUAGUGUGAUAGUGAAGAAGGAAGAUAUCAUUAGAGGAAUUGAAAGAUUAAUGGAUGAGUCAAGUGAAAGUGAAGAAAUAAGAAAAAAGAUUAGAGAGCUUGGUGAGAUGGCUAAAAAGGCUAUAGAAAAAGAUGGAACUUCUCAUUCUAAUUUUACUUUGUUCAUCCAAGAUAUCAUACAAAAAAGUAAGGAUAUGUUUGAAGGAACAGGAACCGAGGAGUUGAAGGAAAUUGCGGAGAAAAUGUAUGAUGCUGAAAUAAAUGAUAAGGUUUGUAGUGUUGGCAAAGAAAAUUGUUGAAAAUGUGGAUCAUGUCAUUUUAAUUUGACUUUGCUUAUCCAAGAUUCCAUGCAACAACAUGCACCAAUGUUGAAACUUGAAGAG